AAUCUUCAUCUUUUUCUUUCUUUCUUUCAAAAGCUUCAAUCUUUUUUUUUUUUUUGGCCAAGAGAGAAAAUGAAGUUCCACCAUUUUUGUCAAAAUGUGAGCUAGCUGAGUUGAGAGAGUAGAAAAAACUAAUACAGAGACAAAGAAAAAAAGGGAGGAAGGGGAGUGGUUUGAAAAAGACAUAAUAUUUUACAGAAGAGAGAGAAUAGUUUAUAUAGAUAUUGGAGAAGAAGGGGGAGACAAGACCGUAUCUGUAAAAAUAAUAAAAAAAAAUUCGAUUCAAAGUUUGCUUUUUUAUUAUUUUAAGCAUUGGAAGACUGCAUUUGAAUAAAAAAAAAAGGAAGAAGAAGAAGAAGAAGGAAAGAGAAAGAAAGAGAUUAUUAGUAUUCACAUUGGAACAAUCCAACCCACCUAGCCAAAACCCAAUUCUCUGUUUUUUUCUUUCUUAUUCAUUGUAUUAACACCAUACUAUUACUACCCAGCUCCUUCUUUCUCUCUCUGAGUGUUUAAAGGUUGGUUUUUUAUGCUUAGCUGUGUUGUGUGUGUGUUUUGGGGUCAAUCUCUUACUCUUCUCUGGUUUCCCCAUUAUUAAUUAUUAUUAAUUAGUAUUAUUAUAUGUAAGAAAAACAGUGAACGUGCUUCUUCUUUGUCUAGAUGCCUCAAAAGCUCAACUAAACAUCACGCUUUGGGUUUGGAGGGACAUGAUUAGAGUUCUCUCUCCAUUUUUUUAAUCCAAGUUUCUUCCUUUUUCUACAUUCACAGCCUGAGACACCACAAUUUCUUUAUUUUUCUUUGUUUGGAAAGAGAAAUGAGAAAGCUUGUUUUGGGAAUUUGAGCUCUUUUUUAUUUUUCUUUUGGGGUUUUGCAUCUUUUGAGAGCCAUGCUUGUUUCUCAAAUUUGAAGUUUUUAUUUUUUUUCCACCUUUUUGAGUUCUGGGUCUCUCUCUCUCUUCUUCAAAGAAUAUAAAGGAGGUGUCUUUUUUUCUUUCUGUUCCAGAAAAAUUCAAUUAUAUUUUGCUUGGUUCUUAAGCUGGUUUCUAUUGAAUCCAAGAAAUAAAUACUGUAAUGAUGAAAAAACUGGUGUCCUGAAAAUUAGUCAGUACUUUUUAAGAGAGUUGCUGUGAAUGAAAAUGUUCUGAUUUGCUGAGGUGGGUUUUUCUCUUUGAGCAUAGUUAUGCAGUGGGUGAAAGUUGAAGAGAAAGAGGAGGAAGAAGAAAAGAGUGUUUUUUGGGUGUUUUUAUGAAAUAAUAAUAAUAAUGGGUCUGAAGAUGCAGCACAACCACCAUUCUGUGGUUGUUAGGUUGAAUGAACAGAUGGGAACCAAAACAGGUUACACUUGGGUUCAGGCUUACAGAACUUGGUUUAGAAAGAUGUUUAUAUUCUGGUUAAUUCUUAUGGUCAUAUUUGGUUGGGUUCUCUACAACAGAAUGGAUACUAAAAACAUAGAAAGAAGGCAAGAAGUGCUGACCAGUAUGUGUGAUCAGAGGGCUAGGAUGUUGCAAGAUCAGUUUAGUGUUAGUGUUAACCAUGUUCAUGCCCUUGCUCUCCUUGUUUCAACUUUUCAUUACUACAGGAACCCAUCUGCAAUUGAUCAGGAAACUUUUGCUGAUUAUACAGCAUGUACCUCAUUUGAAAGACCUUUACUGAGUGGAGUGGCAUAUGCAGAGAGAGUAAUUCAUUCUGAAAGAGAGAGUUUUGAGAGGCAACAUGGUUGGACUAUAAAGACAAUGGAGAAGGAGCCGUCACCGCUCCGGGAUGAGUAUGCGCCUGUGAUCUUUUCACAGGAGACAGUAUCUUACAUUGAGUCUCUUGACAUGAUGUCGGGCGAGGAAGAUAGGGAGAACAUCUUGAGGUCUAGGGCCACUGGUAAAGCUGUUCUUACAAGUCCCUUUAGGCUGCUCGGUUCUCAUCAUCUUGGCGUGGUGUUGACAUUUCCUGUUUACAAAUCCAAACUCCCUCCGCACCCAACUGUGAAGGAGCGAAUUGAAGCAACUGCAGGAUACCUUGGUGGAGCCUUUGAUGUUGAAUCUCUUGUGGAGAAGUUGCUUGGGCAACUUGCUGGGAAUGAAGAGAUUUUGGUCUAUGUAUACGAUAUAACAAAUUCGUCUGAUAAACUAAUCAUGUAUGGUCGCCAAAAUCAAGACGAAGACAUGUCUCUUUUGCAUGAAAGCAAACUCGAUUUUGGAGAUCCAUUCAGAAAACAUAAGAUGAUUUGCAGAUAUCAUCAGAAGGCCCCGGUGCCAUGUUCGGCAAUUUUCACUGUAAUUAUAUUUUCCAUUAUCUGGUACUUAGCUGGUCAUAUCUUAUAUGCUGCUGUAACUCACAUUGUAAAAGUUGAGGAUGAUUUCCAUGAAAUGCAAGAACUGAAAGUCCGAGCUGAAGCUGCUGAUGUUGCAAAAUCCCAGUUUCUUGCUACUGUUUCCCAUGAGAUCAGGACACCCAUGAAUGGUGUUCUUGGCAUGCUUGGGCUGCUUUUAGACACAGAUUUAAGCUCAACUCAGAGGGAUUUCGCUCAAACUGCUCAAGUUUGUGGACGGGCACUGAUAGCAUUGAUAAAUGAAGUGCUUGAUCGUGCGAAAAUUGAAGCAGGGAAGUUAGAACUUGAAGCGGUGCCAUUUAGUCUUCGUUCCAUUUUAGAUGAUGUUCUUUCCUUGUUCUCUGAAACGUCUAGAAAUAAAGGCGUAGAGCUGGCUGUGUUCGUCUCCGAUAAAGUUCCAGAUCUUGUUAUGGGGGAUCCAGGAAGAUUCAGACAGAUUGUUACUAAUCUUGUGGGGAACUCUGUUAAGUUCACCGAACGGGGGCAUAUAUUUGUCAAAAUUCAUCUAGCUGAACCUGCAAAGACUUUGAUAAACGAUUCUUGUUUGAAUGGAGGGUUAGAAAAUAUUGCACUAACACCUGGCGGUCGUCAAUUUAACACAUUAAGUGGUCUCGAAGCAGCCGAUGAACAGAACUGCUGGGAGACCUUUAGACAUCUAAUUACUGAAGAAGGAGCAACCACCUACGAAAUUUCUGACCACGUCACUUUGACCUUAUCCGUUGAGGAUACAGGAAUAGGGAUCCCUUUAUCAGCACAGGAUCGAAUUUUCACACCGUUCAUGCAGGCAGACAGCUCAACUUCCAGACACUAUGGAGGAACCGGUAUAGGCUUGAGCAUCAGUAAGUGUUUGGUUGAACGAAUGGGUGGUAAAAUUAGCUUCGUAAGUCGACCUCAGGUUGGAAGUACAUUUUCAUUCACUGCUACUUUCGAGAGGUACAAGAAAAACGCUUUCAAUGAAGUGAAAAGGCCUAUUACUGAAGAAUUGCCUUCUGAUUUUAGAGGACUGAAAGCAAUAAUAGUCGAUGAGAAACCUGUUAGAGCUGCUGUAACAAGUUACCAUUUGAAGAGACUUGGUAUACUGGUUGAAGUUGCUAGUAGCAUAAAAAUAGCGGUUUCUUUAUCUACGAAAAAUGGUUCUGUCAUAACUAAAAAUGUAAAGCAGGCUGAUUUAAUCCUAGUUGAGAAGGAAUCGUGGAUAUCUGCUGAAGACGGUGGCAUUAACAUAAGAUUUUUGGACUGGAAACAGAAUGGAAAUGUAUUCAAGUUUCCUAAGAUGAUUCUCCUUGCAACUCAUAUUAGCAGUACUGAAUUCGAGAAGGCGAAGGCUACUGGUUUUCUAGACACUGUGAUUAUGAAACCGCUGAGAGCAAGUAUGGUGGCUGCGUGUCUUCAGCAAGUGGGUAUAGGCAAGAAGAGGCAGGAGGGAAAGGACACGCCCGAUGAGUCUUGUGCCCUUAAGAACAUGCUAUGUGGCAAGAACAUUUUGGUGGUUGAUGACAAUAUUGUUAACCGAAGAGUUGCUGCAGGUGCGAUAAAGAAAUAUGGAGCUCGUGUGGAGUGUGCAGACAGUGGUAAAAAGGCACUAGAAUUGCUUCAACUACCUCACGGUUUCGAUGCUUGCUUUAUGGAUAUUCAAAUGCCCGAAAUGGAUGGGUUUGAGGCAACCCGUCUAAUUAGAAAGAGGGAGAGCGAAGCAAAUCAACAAAUGAACGGGGGAUCCACCGUUGAAGGAAUUGCCCGAAAAGAUGAGUGGCACACACCAAUUCUAGCCAUGACAGCUGAUGUGAUUCACGCUACGUAUGAAGAGUGCCUUAAAUGUGGGAUGGAUGGUUAUGUUACGAAGCCUUUCGAGGAUGAGAAUCUCCAUGAAGCACUUGGUAAGAUCUUCAACUCUAAACCUGUUCCAGGGUCAUAACAAGAACUCCCGAAAAACAAACCUAUCACAUUCCGAAGCACAGGAAACUGUUGGGCAUGUUGACCAUUACCAGCAAUUUUGGAUGUCACGACAGGCAUUAUGUUUUCCCUAGCUGAAAAUGGUGACAAUGAGUUGGUUCUAAGAAUACCGACAUCUCAGAUGAUAUACAGGUUUGCACAUUCAUGUGUAACGAACUUUUUGAAGUUAACAAUGAUUAGAAGAAUCUGAGUACAUGUAUACUACAGAAGAGAACAGAACACCCUCCAAAAAUUCUCCACUUGUAUGUGUAUAUAGAUCCUUAGGUGGGAGUAGGAGCCAAACAUGUAAAUCAUAUUAUUUUUUGUAUGUUUUCCAUUGAAAAACUUUCCUUUUCCUUCCAUGAUUGAAACUUCUCCAUUUGUUGACACUGAAGAGUUACUUUCUUUUUACUGUAUAUUAUAAUAUUGGUGGGCAACACCGUCUCGGUCGGUUGUCUCAGCUUGACA